AUGAAGCCUGUCGCCGUUGUCUCCUUCUUAGUUACACUCAUUGCAGUCACAUUUGCCAAAGAUUCACGAACCUUUGCGGUACUUCGAUUCAACAAUGAACCCGGCAAGUUCUCAACAGAAGGCCGAAUGGACCCCAUUGUCAGCCCAGGUGCGCCGGCUGGUCAUUCCCACGGAGUUAUGGGAGGUCACAACUUCGGCUUGACCGUUCAAGGAGACCAACUGCUUGAAUCUAAUUGUACCAACGCCAUGAUCAAGAAUGACAAGUCCAACUACUGGGUUCCCGAUCUUUGGUUCCAGUCACCCCGCAACAGCACUUUCAAGAAGGUUCCCCUAUUCUACAUGCAGGUUUACUACUUCUUUGAUGCUACAAACGAUGUAAUCAAGCCAUUCCCUCCGGGCCUGAAGAUGGUCAUCGGCGACUCCAGUAAGCGCACGCCGCCUGCUACUGGUGCUAUACAGUUAGAUCCUUCUCGCGGCGCAAUUCAACCGGUGCAGUGGGUCUGCCCAGCUAAUGGCGAUCCUAACCGGUAUCCAGUGGACAGUGAUGGGACUCGUGCGGGUCUUCAAGAUCCCACCGACCGAGGUGCCGGAGCUGGAUUCCCUGUUAUCAAUUGCGAUAUUGCCGGGGCGCCUCUACGUCAAGACAUCCAUUUCCCUUCAUGUUACAAUCCUGCCGCCGGCAUAGAUGACCACAAGAAUAACAUGGUGUUUCCCACACCAAAUGGGAACAAGUUCGAUUGCCCCAAGGGAUGGACCCAUCUGCCUCAUCUGUUCUACGAGGUGUAUUACGAUACCACACCUUUCGCAAACGAGUGGACUCGAGAUGGCCAAACCCAGCCAUAUGUGCUUUCCAAUGGUGAUAGAACAGGCUACAGCUCUCAUGGCGACAUGAUUUCGGGCUGGGACACCACAACUCUGCAGGCAAUCAUCGACGGCUGUGACGCUGGGAACGACGGUAUGGACAAAUGCCCGAGACUCAUCGGCGGCAUCAAUACGAGCGAUAGGUGUAAGAUUGACUCUGCGGUGCCUAACCCAAGAGACGAGUGGCUUACCGCGCUUCCUGGUAACAACCCAUUGUCGGGAUGGGGCGUGGGAGGCGUUUGA